CACAAUUCCUUCUCUUCAGCAAAAAAAGCACACAGCCCUACCAAUACCUGAAACUAGCUACUAGGCACUACUAGCUAUCUAUCUAACUUGGAAACCAUGGAUCCACUCCCAAAAAACAUGCAAAUCGACAGCGAAAGCAGCGACGAUGACUUCCGCGACGAAGAUCACUCUAGCAGUAAUCACAACACUACCUCGGAUACCCCUGAGAGUGGCACUAGCAGUGAUCAGCAAGCCUCCCAGUCUGCCAUUGCCCAGGCAGAGACACGGGCUUUGUACCGAUCCAAGGUUGCCGUUGUUUCUCUCUUGGCCAUGACGGCUAUUCUCGCUGCUGGAUUGGCUUACCACUUCUCACGCCAGGCUGAGACCGCAGACUUUGAACGUCAGUUUGAUGACUAUGCCAACUCCAUUGACGAGCUUGUCCACUUGGAAGCCCAUGAUAUAUAUGUGGCAGUGGACGGAUUCGCCCACACCGUCACGUCCUACACGCAUUCGUCCAACAAGACUUGGCCGUUUAUUACAAUGCCAGACUUCGAGAUCAGGGGACAUGAUGUCAUCAAGGUUGCAAGCGUGGUCGCAGUAGCCUUUUCUCCAUUGAUCGUUGAUGUGGAGAAAGAAGCUUACGAGAUCUUUACUACCUACAAUGAAGAUUGGAUUGCAGAUGGUAUCGCUUACACCACUGGUGAGAGUCUUCCCGAAAAUUUCAAGCGCGUCCCUUCCAAGAUCUACCGAUGGGAAGAAUUGCAAAACGGAAACAGGGUCCCCACGGUCGAGAAUGGCCCUGGCCCAUUCCUCCCUGUCUGGCAAACAGCUCCGGCUCCUAUGAACCCUCGUGUGGUCAACUUCAACCUCCUUUCUUCCGAGCCGUUUGCCCAGACCUUUGAAACCAUGCAGACCUACAAUAACAGCAUUGUCUCCAAGGCCAUGCCACUUGCUGACAUCCCAUUCGAGAUUUCGUCCCCUGAUCUAGUGGAAACGGAGAAUCCGCACUCGGUCGUCCUUGGCCCGAUCUACGAUAACUUUACUCAAGACGCCAAGAUUGUUGGGACUGUUGCGGCGGUGAUCGACUGGAGUUCCUUCUUCAGCUCCUUCCUCGCCGUUGACGACCACCCCGUGUUGGUGGUCAUGCAUGGAUCUUGCGGAGACGACAUGUCCUUUGAAGUGAGGGGACACGAUGUCGAGUUCCUCGGUUAUGAAGACUUCCACGACCCCAAGUACAAUCAUCUCGAACGAUCUUCCGUACUGGAUCUAUCAUCACCUCAUAACGACAGAACCAAAGCUCAAGCCUCUGGAGACUGCCAAUACGUUCUUCGUAUCUACCCCACUGAUGAACUCGAAGACGCCUACAGGUCCCCCCAGCCCGUCAUUUAUGCCAUUUGCAUGCUCCUCGUCUUUGCGAUGACGGCCGCUGUCUUCCUCGUCUACGAUAUCUAUGUCCGUCGACGACAGCAAAAGGUCUUGGAUUCGGCCGCAAAGUCCGCGGCCAUUGUGCACUCUCUCUUCCCCAAAAGUAUUACUGAUCGCAUGAUGAAGGACCUUGACGAACAAAAGAAAGGCAAGGAUGACUCCGCAAGGUUCAAGUUCUCGGUCAAGAACCAAAUGAAGGACUUUUUGCAGGAUGACAAGAACACUGCUGUCAAUGUUGCUGCUGGUGUCUACGAUACCAAACCCAUUGCCGAUCUAUUCCCUGCCUGUACGGUUCUAUUUGCUGACAUUGUUGGCUUUACUGCAUGGAGUUCCGUUCGAGAACCUAGCCAGGUCUUUGUCCUCCUUGAGACUCUCUAUGCCAGCUUCGACAGCAUUGCAAAGCGUCGACGCAUCUUCAAGGUUGAAACGAUCGGUGACUGUUACGUCGCCGUCAGCGGAUUGCCUGAACCUAGAAAGGACCACGCAUCUGCCAUGUGUCGCUUUGCUCGAGACAUUCAAAUCGUGAUGCAGACACUUUGCAAGGACUUGGAAAACACACUCGGUCCAGACACGGGUGAUCUAGGUCUGAGAGUUGGUCUUCACAGUGGUCCCGUGACAGCAGGUGUGUUGCGCGGCGAUAAGAGUCGCUUCCAGUUGUUUGGAGAUACCGUCAACACCGCAGCAAGGAUGGAGUCCACAGGAAUGAGAGACCGCAUCCACAUGUCCUUCGAGACCGCUGAGCAACUCCGAGCUGGUGGUAAAGAGAACUGGACCAAGCAACGGGAUGACAAGAUUGUCGCCAAGGGCAAAGGAGAGAUGGAGACCUUUUGGCUCGUAGCGCCGAGGAAACAGUCCGCAACCAGCGACAGUUCAACCGACCAAGCUCCCGUUGAAAUGGCUACCGAGAGCCACCACGUUGCCAGCAUGAGCGACGAAAGCGAUGACGACAACGGCGUCUCCAAGGCAGUUGACAAGAGUCUGAAGGAACAGAAGCCUCUUCCACCCAAGCUUCAGCGCCUUGUCCGGUGGAACGCGGAUGUCUUGAACCGUCUCCUUAAGCAAAUUGUUGCAAGGAGGAACGCCAAGACUCAGCAAGGAUUGAAGGCACUCCUGCAUUCCGCUUCAUCGGCCGCGACAGACGAAAGUUCCAUUGCUGGUGGCACUGUGAUCGACGAGGUGAAGGAAGUGAUUGCUUUGCCAAAGUUUGAUGCCAAGGCUGCCAGAAAUCAGCAAGAUCCCCGCACAAUUCAGCUGGACAAGGAAGUCACAGAUCAGUUGCACAACUAUGUUACAGUCAUCGCUUCUCUCUACCGCAGUGAAGUGCCAUUCCACAACUUUGAGCAUGCUUCACAUGUCACCAUGAGCGUGGUCAAGAUGAUCUCCCGUGUUGUGGCUCCUGAAGAAGUCCUUUCCGCCGAGCAGGAUGACGAGGGUGCUAUGCAAAAGAAUCUUCACGACCACACCUAUGGAAUCACUAGCGAUCCGUUGACACAAUUCGCCGUUGUCUUGUCCGCCCUCGUCCAUGACGUUGAUCACACUGGCGUCCCCAACACAACUCUCAUCAAGGAGGGCAGCCGUCUAGCCAAGGUCUACAAGAACAAGAGUAUCGCUGAGCAAAACUCUGUGGACAUUGCCCUCGACUUGCUCAUGGAUGAGAGCUUCAACGAGCUACGAGCCACGAUCUACUCCAGCGAGAACGAGAAGAAGCGUUUCCGCCAACUCGUCGUGAACACAGUCAUGGCCACGGACAUCGUUGAUAAAGAUCUCAAAGAACUCCGAAACGCUCGAUGGGACAAAGCAUUCCAACACAAGGUCUUGUACGAUGCUGCUGCCAUUCAAGAGGACGUCAACCGAAAGGCUACCAUCGUUAUUGAGCACUUGAUUCAAGCCAGUGAUGUCGCACACACAAUGCAACAUUGGCACAUUUACCGCAAGUGGAACGAGAACUUCUUCUUUGAGAACCUUCAUGCCUACCGCUCUGGUCGUGCCGGCCGAGACCCCGCCGAAUUCUGGUAUAAAGGAGAGAUGGGCUUCUUUGACUUUUACAUUAUCCCCCUCGCAAAGAAGUUGAAAGAAUGUGGUGUCUUUGGUGUGUCUUGUGAUGAAUACCUCAACUACGCACUUGCAAACCGAAAGGAGUGGGAGUCUCGCGGGGAAGACGAAGUUGCGGAGAUGCUCGAGAAGUACAACAAUCUCUUCCCUCCAGAAGCGGAAAAGUUCAAUGACGAAACAGCGGAAGAGAAGAGCGAACAAGAAGUGGUGCCUCCAUCUGCUUAGAUUGGAGUGCUUCUUUUAAAAAUGGGUGUGGGGAAGAGACACCCUGUUUGCAUGUUGCACAUUUGCACUUUCUAUAAAAGUUUCAGCAGUAUAGAUCAAUACAUUACAUUC